CGUGCGCGCGCGCGGCUGUGACGCGCUACCCCGCGUGCGCGCCGCCGCCGCCGCUGUUGGUUGUGGCGGAAGAUGGCGGAGCUGUGCGAGUGAGGGCGGGAGGCGCCGAGUGGCAUGCGAUGGCCAGUUCAUCGGACAGUGAGGAUGACAGUUUUAUUGCCAUGGACACAGAAGAAGUAUUGGACGGGCCCAUGGAGCAAGACGAAGAAGCUCACGUCGAAUUGGAAGUUGAAGAAAUGAGGCAUAACCGGUCAAUGUUAGAAUUGCCUGAGGAGGUGUUGGAAUACAUCUUGUCCUUUUUAUCACCGUACCAAGAGCACAAAACAGCUGCUCUUGUUUGUAAACAGUGGUAUCGACUCAUUAAAGGUGUGGCUCACCAGUGUUAUCAUGGUUUUAUAAAAGCUGUUCAGGGAGGAUAUAUUCAGUGGGAGAGCCGAACCUAUCCAUAUCCUGGGACUCCGAUUACCCAGCGCUUCUCACACAGUGCUUGUUACUAUGAUGCCAAUCAGUCUAUGUACGUCUUUGGGGGUUGCACUCAAAGCAGUUGCAAUGCAGCAUUCAAUGACCUCUGGCGGCUUGACCUCAAUAGCAAAGAAUGGAUCCGACCUCUGGCUUCAGGUUCGUAUCCCUCUCCAAAGGCUGGAGCCACGUUAGUUGUGUACAAGGAUCUUCUGGUGUUAUUUGGAGGCUGGACCAGGCCAAGCCCCUACCCUCUACAUCAACCUGAAAGAUUUUUUGAUGAAAUACAUACUUACUCACCUUCCAAAAACUGGUGGAACUGCAUUGUUACAACUCACGGACCCCCUCCAAUGGCUGGCCAUUCAUCUUCUGUAAUAGGAGAUAAAAUGAUUGUAUUUGGAGGGUCAUUAGGCUCUCGACAAAUGAGUAAUGACGUCUGGAUUUUGGAUAUGGAGCAAUGGAGCUGGUCCAAACCAGCAACGUCGGGCAUUUUGCCACAUCCAAGGGGUGGGCAGUCCCAGAUUAUUAUUGAUCAUGAAACUAUCCUGAUCCUGGGAGGCUGUGGAGGACCCAAUGCAUUGUUUAAGGAUGCAUGGCUGCUACACAUGAGCGUGAGCCCCUGGACAUGGCAACAGUUGAAAGUGGAGAAUGAGGAGCAUGGAGCACCAGAGUUGUGGUGUCACCCGGCCUGUAGGGUUGGACAGUGUGUGGUGGUCUUCAGCCAAGCACCCAGCGGCAGAGCCCCCCUGAGCCCCAGCUUACAUUCCCGCCCAUCUCCCAUCAGUGCCACGCCACCAGCCCUUGGCGCAGAAAUGAGAGAACAUCGCUCCCAGUCCCCCGUUCGGAGUACCGACGAAGUUCCGUGCGUGAACGGGCGCUGGGGCACAUUGAGGCCAAGGACACACAGGCCGACUACAUCCAGUUCUCGGGAAGGCAGCCUAUCUCCAGCGAAAGGAGAAAGGUCACCGGUUUUAAAUGGUGGAACAUUAUCCCCGGUAUCCUUAUCUGGUUCUUUGGAUAGCCCAGUGCAACCAGGAUCUCCCGUCACAUCGGCUGUGGUGGAAGGAUAUGAUCUUCGAGGUUCUAUUGGGGGACUUCCGCAAGUCACGAGGCAAAGCACACCAGUGGAACAGAAGGCCGAGUCAGGAUUAGAUUCGUACAGGUCCCAGGACUUGGUAAAUUGGGAUUCGAAACCCUCUUCCAGUCACGGAGUGGAGGGGAACGUGACAAGCCCAGGAACUGAGAUUAGCCUCGGGAAUGCCGCAGAGCAAACCAAUGGAAUUCACACGCCACCUCACGUCGCCAGUGCUUCUUCGGGUCCAGUUUCACCCGGAGCGCUUCGAAGAGGACUGGAGGCAGUGAAGGAUUUGUUGCCGCAGAGUUCAACGUCCGCCGUGCCGGCCAGCUCGAGUCCUGCUUCUUCACCUGUCUCGCCGGGAAACCCUGGUCAAAGCUCAAGCAGUACUGACGCACCGCAACGCUCUGCAUCCGCCCAGGCAGAUGGACAUGCACUGCCACCUAUUGCACGCCGAUUAGGCCACCACCCACCUCAGUCGCUAAAUGUAGGAAAGCCCUUGUACCAGAGUAUGAACUGCAAGCCAAUGCAAAUGUACGUGUUGGAUAUAAAGGAUGCAAAAGAGAAGAGGAAAGUUAGUUGGAAAAUUUUCAACAGCGGGUCGGUUGUAGGCCCACCGGAAACCAGCCUCCACACUGUGGUGCAAGGCAGGGGAGAAUUGAUCAUUUUUGGUGGACUGAUGGACAAGAAACAGAAUGUGAAGUACUAUCCAAAAACCAAUGCGUUGUAUUUUGUGCGAGCUAAGAGAUAAUGCACCGCCAGAAGGUAUUUCACAUUACCUGAUGCACACCCAUAAGCUGUGAAUUCAAGAACAACAUUAUCUGUAAAACUAUGCUGCAAGUGGUUUAAAGUUUGUGUUAAAACACAAAUUUUUUGCUCCUUUCCAGUGAGUUUGUUAUAUCCAGACUUAUUUGAUUCUCGCUGUGUUUCCCGAAAGCUGCUUCUGCUUUCAAUAAUUGGAUAAAGGAGUGACGCGUGAAUACUUCUGCCCGUGGCCGCGAACACGUGGGGUUAGGGUACAAGUAAGCAAACUCGCUUUAGCUAGGUGAGAUCUUACUUUAAGCAAAUGCAGUUGAGUCGGCAGGGCGCAGCGAUUCUGCAGGAAUCUGCAGUGCCUGGUUUUGAAAUUGCAGCUUAUCUACAGGACGAAAUGCCCUGUUCAUUGAGGUGGGUCAUUUUGCGAUUCAGUAAUUUGGUUGUCAUCUUCAGUCUGCUCUGUGACAAUUUCUGUAUCAAAUCAACUAAUUGACAUAAACCAAUCACUCCAAAAAUUGCACAUGUUGGCCCCAAAGCCAGUGAGUUAACACGUACGUACAUGCUAAUGAAAGGUGCUGUGAAGCAUUUACAUUUUCUCUCACUGCAUUUUAUCACUUAAUUUAUUUUUUAAGGAGAAACAGUGUAGGUAAUUAUCAAGAGAGAAGUUUAAAGUAAGGACACGAUUAAUGUACGUGGUCCACUGCAGAUGGUAGCAUGAAGCCUUGCGGGUACACUUGUCCAAUUGAAUGCCGAAAUGCCCAUUCCUCGUUGUACGUAUACAUACUGGGGAGAAAGCUCUAAACCUCACUGGUGAUCGAUCGGUGCACCUGCCCCAUUAUUGGCCGGAGACAGGAAACCUCGCAACAUUGGUAUUUCUGGACUUAUCCUGAUGCAGAUAAGGAAAUGCUUGGGUGAUUGUAAGCCUCACAACUGAGUCCUGUUGCCGCUGUUUAGAAUAAAUUCAAUCUCAAUAAAAGGAGGCCUUCUUUACUGACAGUGCAAUGGUGGUGGUAAUCAGUUAGAUUGUGCAGAAACCCUUAUGUAUAUUAAAGUCUGCCUGUGGUCUGAUAUGAUAAACUGCUUUUAUUUCAGUCGAGGUAGAAACCAGUGUUUCUGUAUAUUUAAACAUUGGAGCUGUCUGGUUUGGGAGCAUUUCCUUUUGAUUUCAAUUAACUCUUUUCAAUGUCAUAAUGAACUCCUAGGAGAUGGUUGCAGGUUUCUUUCGUUAAAAAAAACCCAAUGUUUUAUCUUUCCACUUCAGUUUAGCUUUUGGUUAUGGCUAUUGGCAACAUGUGAUGGCCUUCUUCACCCAGUUCUAUAAUAAGGGUGUUUGCACCAUAAACAGUGAAAUGUGUUAUUGAAAUCACUUUGGAAUUUGUUUGUCUUUUUAUUCACCUUUUCCAUCAUCUGUUUUAUAAUUAUCUCCAGUAGUUGAUACAAAGACUAAAUUUGGAAUUCACUUGCCAUGAUGAAGUGCGUACUAAGCUGCAAAUUUUACAUAGGCAACAUUUCACGGAUGGUUUUUCUUGUUACUUUUGUGCAGAAUUUUCAUUCUUGCCCAGACACGAUGAUAGUAUAAUUUACUGGCAUUUUAUUACAAGGCACAGUUCUUGUGGUGUUGCAUUUAGGAUUGCUUUGGUGUGGUGUGUUGUACAUGUGAUUCCCUGCACAGAGAUCCCAGUUUCAUAUGCAGGAUCUUUGGUAGCAGCCAGAGUGAGACUGUGUAAGGGAAAUCUAAGACAGAAUUAACCUACCUCUCCUAUAGAUUUCAUAGUGCCCUUGAAGCUACUUUGAGCGCUAAGAUAACCUUGCCGCAUAAUUUUACUGAACUGAUCGGUCUCCUUUCUCAAGUUUCAGCGAGAAGAGAGAUCACAACAUUGAAUCCCAGCUUUUGCAACAUUCCAUAGGAAAUCUGCUGUGGUUCAACCUCAUGAGCAUAGGAGAGAGUGGCUUUACUUAGGACCUUAGAUGACACUGAGGCAUGUGUGCACAAUCCUCGUAGCAUAUUGUCUUUGUGGGCAAACGUGGCGUUCUUGUUUCAUUCACUUUAUGACUGGUUCACAUGUAAGAAACUGCUAAUUAAAGCGGAUGGAGGAGCUUGUGUGAGAUGUAGUCAACGGCAGUAAAGAAGGAGGAAUUGCGCCCGUUGUGAAUGGAUGGCAGUAAAUGCAGGUUCAUCAGAUGAAGAAAUUGCUCCAGUUUAUGGAGAGCUACUGACCAAGAUUGUAGUCUUCAAAUUAGAACUCAAGAAUUUUGAGGGGAGAGGGAGGUUUUGAUUACUAGCAUGUAUUUGUGUAAUCAUUUACAUAUUGUCUGGCAAUCUAGAAGAAAAUAGUUCAGACCUGUGAUUUACGCAGUCGAGAAAGCUAUCCAAGACAACUAGUAGAUUCAGCGGUUCACACUCUCCUUCUGUGUGUGUGUGUUGCGUGCGUGCGAUGGUUUGCAAGCGUGUGUGUGAUGGUUUGCAAUUUGCUGGAACCGAUACGUCUUUAAAAUGCACAACAUUUUAUAUAAAGUGACAUUAGUAGAGGGAGCCAAAUACAUUUUUCUGCUGUUUUUGGUUUCUCUACCGUUGCCAGAUCCUUACAAAAUGCAGCGUGGCAAUUUUAAAGUGUUGAGUUUUCCCCAAAAUCCAGAAGGAUCCUGUACAGUCCUUGAGGACGUGGGAGAAUCCCUCUGGACAAAUGGAGCUUGUCACAGUUCGGAACGCUGCAGUUUGCUGGAAACUUGUGCAUGCAGUGAUGCGCUGCUGCCCAAGGUGACAAAUAUGUUGCAAUAAUGGGGCUUUAAAUUGCAGAUAUAAUCCCUUUGCCAGUCCUGCUGCUUUGAUUUAUUUUCUACAGAUUUUAGGGAAAUAUAGGGAUGAACUAAAAUGCUGCUCAAAUUCGAAUCAAGUAAAUAUAGCUGGUGUGAAAACUUUUACUUUUUGAUGUGUUCCUGGUUGAUGGCAAGACUAUUGGCAGUAUGGGUACUGUAUAUAUCUGGUAAAUAUGUUACAUCCUUCAAUUCAUUGAAUUUAUGCUCUGCUUUGAUGAGGUCUGUGGUGAGAUGUAUUUGUAUUUUCCCACAGAUAUAACCACAGCUUUGGUGCUAUUUAUGUUGACCUCUUUCCUGAUGAGAUUGACUGCGAAAAUCGUGUUAAUAGCAAAUUCUAUGCAAUAUUUUUAAUCCCCAAAACUUAGCUGUUCCUAUCUCCUUACUUAUCCUUCCACUGAUACUUAAAAGUUUGAGAAUCCAUCCCUUUUUAUGCAGCCACUGACUCGGUUGUGUAUCUACUGCCUCUACACGGUUAAAGCCUGGUCAUACAUGUUUUGAGCCAGUUAACUAUUUGUUGCAGAUGUGGUAAAAUGAUAACUGGCAGACAGGUCCACAGUGCACUAUGGCCUUGUUAAUGGUUGAUCAUCUGAUUUCACUCAUUGGACUUGAUGGGGGCAGAUCUUUGUUAGGAUUUGGGAAUUUUCUCACUACGGCCAAAAAAGGGCAAUAGGCAUUGUUGUCGGAACACAAACAAUGAGAAGAGUACUGGUGGUAUGUCUUAUGGUUCUAGCCAGAUAUGAAUCAGCAUGUAUCCCUGUCUGUUUAAUGUUAUGCUCUGCCAAUUUGUGCCUAUGAGAAAUGGAGGUCCAUGCCAUUAUGAAUCCAUUCACUCUACAGGUGUAGUCUGAUUCAAAGACACAUGUAAUGUCUUGUCCUUUGUCAGAUGGCUAGUUGUGUGGUAGUUGUCUGUAUUUUGGUUAUCAGUACUUUCCUCUUUGCACAUGCUUGCCUUUCAGGCCUGAUUUUCGUAUGAAAGGCACUUGGUCAUUCACCAAGUGUACUCGGAAAACGCCCACAUUUUGAUUCUCGCUUCACUUUGGCUGCUAGCUGUAUAUCUGAUGAUUUCACAAAUUCAGCUCUUGUGAAACUGAAUAUCAAAACAAAUUUGCACCAUAAACCCCAAACACAGAAAGAGCUGCUCAAAGCCUAAAAUGUGAUUACUUAUCGCCUCCAGAAAAUCCUCUCCAUUGUUGUAUUAAGCAGAGCAGUUGAGGGUCAGUUUCCAUCAAUGUUUUUUUUUUUUCAUUAUUGUCUUGGUUUAAUGAUUUAAAUUUAACUUUAAAUGGCACAUUUAACUUUUGAGUUUUGUUAAUACUACUAGUGCCACUGUUAUAAAUUUCCUCUCAAUUUUAGACCCAUUACAUUUUUUUUGUUUAAUGAUCCAAAGUGGUCAAAUUCCAUAUUGGACUUCAAACACAGGUUAGUGUCAUUUAAAGUACCCUACCUUCAGAAGAACAACUCUUGUACUCCAUAUAAUAAGUCUCCACUACCCAAGUCAGAAUCAUACAGUCUUUUCAAAUGAACGUAUUUUCUAUUGGAAUGGCUCAAUCUUAAGAGCAAGCAGAUAUUGGAAGACCAUUCUGUUAAUCCAUGAGGAUAAAUAAAAAUCUUAACCUUUAUGAUCUUGACAAAUUUGGGGAAAGAAACCUAACGAAAGAAAAUAUAGAUAUUUAAAUACACAUUGUAAUAUUCUCAGAAUUUCCCAAAAGAAUUAAGAAUUCUUGAAAUAAGUCAUUUAACAUUUUUUUCACAAAUCUCUAUAGUUUUGUAAAUGAAACAUACUUUGUUCUUUCUCAAUACUCCAUUGAAGGAUUAAUCUAGAAUAUGGUGUAUUUAAGACCUGAUUAACUUCUAUGAAUAAAUUCAGAAUGUUCAAUCUCAA